AAUAGGUUUGAAAUGCAUGAUUUGGUGUAUGUUAAAUACAAGACAGAUCAUUUUUGGUCCUCAACAUAUAACCAAAAUACGAAUUUGGUCCAAAACAUUCACUUUUUGAAAAACAGAUUCAUAACAAAUGAAAUCCUUGUCGGAAUGGUUCUUUUUUUACAGUUCCGUAAAAAAACUAACGGUCAUGCCAAAGUGCAAUUAGCGUUGACCAUGAGUUUUUUUUGACGUAACCAGUGUUGUUAAUUUGUCGCCCGGGUCGCCCAGGUCGCCCGGGUCGAGACCUGCACCGCCCCAACAUGGGUGGGUAGAUCGAGAUACAUGGGGCGCGCUGGGUCGGCUGGGUCGGCUGGGUCGGCGGGGUCGAGCGAUUUGGUAAGAUGGGCGUGCUGAACAUGAUGAGAAGAUAUACGAAUAAGAGAGAGUUACUUAGGCCGGCAGUCACUAGAUUUGCUACUUCCUUCAUCACUUUGAGGUCCAUCCAUAACCAGCGGCAGAAUCUCAGAAAAAUGUUCACCAGUGAUGAAUGGACUACUAGUCAGUGGUACAAAGAGGCAUCCGGAAAACAGGCAACUACUACUGUGUUGAAUGAUGCUUAUUGGAGACAUAUUGUACAUGCACUCAAAUUGGGUUCUCCUCUUAUUGAGGUGUUGAGAAUGGUUGAUGCUGAGCGCAAGCCCGCGAUGGGUUAUAUUUAUGAGGCUAUGGAUCGUUGUAAAUAGACCAUUUCCAAGUCAUUCAACGGAAACGAAGACAAGUAUAAGAGAGCAUUUGAUGUAAUUGACUCUAGAUGGAAUGAUCAAUUGCACAAACCAUUGCAUGCUGCAGGUCAUUACUUGAAUCCGGCAGUCUUUUAUAAAGAUGUGAAAGGUAUUUUGGCUUGUUCAGAGGUUAUCGAAGGCUUGCACGAGUGUAUUCUAAAACUGGUUCCCGACAUAAAUAUGCAAGAUCAGAUCAUGAAAAAGGAAACGGCUUUGUAUCGGGACGUUGUUUCCUGUUUCGGAAAUCCUUUAGCUAUUCGACAUAGAAAUCAAAUGGCACCAGCUGAAUGGUGGAAACAUUAUGGGUCUAAGGCACCAAAUUUACAAAACUUUGCAAUUCGAGUCUUGAGCCUAACUUGUAGUGCUACUGGCUGUGAGAGGAAUUGGAGUACUUUUCAACAUAUUCAUAGCAAAAAGAGGAAUCGUUUGGCACAAGAACGCUUGAACAACUUAGUGUUUGUGAAAUACAACAGAGAUCUUGAGCGAAGAUUCAACAUACAAAACGUCACUGAUCCUAUACUCCUAAGUGACAUUGACGAUAGUAAUGAAUGGUUAAUGGGUAGGAUGGAGGGGGAGGAUGAGGAUGAGGGGGGUGAUGAUUUUGUCUUCCAAAAUGAGUCGCUCAGAUGGAGAGAUGUUGGUAGAGCUUCUGGUGUGUUGGAGCCAUCUCACAAUACUAGAAGCAACACAAAUACUCGAGAUCAUGCCUCAAGUUCCAAGUCUACUCGUAGUCUUGUGGAUGAAGAUGAAGAGAAUGAAGAUAUAAACUUGGUUGGAGCAGAGUUUGAUGAAGGAGAAGAUGACUAUCAUCUAAGUGAAGAUGAUAUAUAACUUUCUUUUGACAUUUUUAGACAAUGGUUUCAAUUAUUUAUUUUGUGUUUUACUUAUGACUUAUGAAUUGUUUUGAUAUUUUGAUAAUUUCUAUUUUCCACUUUAUCUCUAUUCACAUGAAUUACGUCUACAUUUAUAUUA